CCGUGAGUGGGGAAGAGACAGAGAGAGAGACAGAGAGGGAGAGAGAGAGAGAGCGCGCGAGAGAGAAAAAGAGAGAGAGAGAGCGCGACCGAGCGAGAGAGCGAGCGACAGAAAGGAAAAAAAAUCCGAAGGGUUCUUCUGCGCACGUGCGGCCCCGCCCACAUUUUUGUGCCCGGAAGUUCCCGACGCUGGCGUCCGUGUGGUCUGUGUCGCUGCAGGUGUCGCGCGCUGGCGGACUCGGGUCCCUGGGCGUGCGAUCGCUUGCGGAGAAGGUGCGUGGAGGGAUGUGAACGCGGACGUGAGUGUGAAGGGAGGCCCUGGCCCCGGAGCGCAGCGGCAGCGGCAGCGGGAGCAGAGGGCUCUUCGGAGCUGCCCUGGGAAUUGAAGAAUCCCUCCCCUGGGAGGUGACCACAGCACCUGAACCCUCUUGCUUCAUUGAAGAGCUAAGAGAAUCACAGGUAGAAGGAAGCUCCACUUCGCAGUGAUUGAUGCUACUGCCCUCAGUCACAGCAGGUGACUGGCCCCUCCAGCACUCACCAGAGACUGGUGACAUUGGAAGUUUAGAUCGACAGCCCAGGCUGGAGCAACAGUACAGUGGGUGACGCAUUCGCCUUGCACACGGCCAGUCCUGGUUCAGUCCCCAGCAACGCAUGUGGUGCCCAAGCCGGCCGCCGAGUGAUUCCUGAACACAUAGACCGACACCCCAGGAGAGCUGAGCCAGGCUGAGGUGUAGCGGAGGACUCCAGCACUGCUGCUAAUUGGAGGGCCUCAGGAGAGAAAACUCACUAAAGAAUCUUCCGUGUCUCUAAGGGUGAAGGAAUGAAAGAAAUGGAUCAGUCUUUGAUGGUGUUUUUUGAGGAUGUAUCUGUGGACUUCACCUGGGAAGAGUGGCAGCAUCUCGAUGAUGAGCAGAGGACUCUGUACCGGGAUGUGAUGCUGGAGACCUACAGUCAUCUGGAGUCAUUGGGACAUUCAGGAGUCACCAAACCUGAGGUCAUCUUCAGGUUACAGCAAGGAGCAGAGCCGUGGAUGGUCAAAGUACCCCCAGCCCAGAACAUCUCAGGCCCAACUAUAAAUACUGGAAACUAUUCCAGAAUGUUGCCGGAGGUGUAUGAUGUAUUUAAGAACAAGUUUCUACUACUUAAGUCUGAUGAGAUGCAUCCUGCAGAGAAACCUGAGGGCUUUAAUUCAAUUGGAAAAUCCCUUGCUUUUGAGGACGAACAUCAUCCAAGCAGUCAGAGUGCGAAUGCUAUUAAGAAAUCAUACCUCACUCACAUUCAGAAAACCGAGGUAGGAGAGAAAAUAUCUGAAUCUAAUGUAUAUGGUAAAAUUCCCUACAAAAUGUCUAGUGUUGUUAAAUAUCAAAACAUAUGCACAGGUGAGAAAUCUUAUAAGUAUCAGAAAACCCCUCAGUCUUCAACCCUUAGACAUCAGAGAACUGACUCAGGACAGAAAUCCUAUAAUUGUAAAGAAUGGAGGAAAACAUAUUCACCACAGUCCUGCCUCACUGUGCACCACAGAAUUCACACAGGAGAGAAACGCUUUGAAUGUAAAGUGUGUAGAAAAACUUACUCUUGGAAGUCAUACCUUGCUGUCCACCAAAGAAUUCAUGCAGGAGAGAAACGCUUUGAAUGUAAAGAGUGUAGGAAGACAUUCUUUUCAGGUUCGAACCUCAUUGAACACCAGAGAAUUCACACAGGAGAAAAACCCUUUGAAUGUAAAAUAUGUAGGAAAACUUACUCCCGGAAGUCAUACCUCAAUGUACACCAGAAAAUUCACACAGGAGAGAAACGCUUUGAGUGUAAAGUAUGCAGGAAAACUUACUCCUGGAAGUCAUAUCUCACUGUCCACCAGAGAAUUCACACAGGAGAGAAACCCUUUGAAUGUAAAGAAUGUAGGAAGACGUUCUUUUCAGGUUCAAACCUCAUUGAACAUCAGAGAAUUCACACAGGAGAGAGACCCUAUGAAUGUAAAGUUUGUAGGAAAACUUACUCCCGGAAGGCAUAUCUCACUAUACACUACAGAAUUCACACAGGAGAGAAACGCUUAGAAUGUAAAGAAUGUGGGAAAACUUACUUUUCAAAUGCAGACCUCACUGAACACCAGAGAAGUCACACAGGAGAGAAACCCUAUGAAUGUAAAGUAUGCAGGAAAACUUACUCCCGGAAGUCAUACCUCGCUGUUCACCAGAGAAUUCACACAGGGGAGAAACUCUUUGAAUGUAAAGAAUGUAGGAAAACUUUCUUAUCUGGUUCAAACCUCAUUGAACACCAGAGAAUCCACACAGGCGAGAAACCCUUUGAAUGUAAAGAAUGUAGGAAAACUUUUGCCUCUAGAUCAAAUCUCAAUGCCCAUCAGAGAAUCCACACAGGAGAGAGACCCUAUGAGUGUAAAGAGUGUGGAAAAACUUUUUCCUGGAGGUCACAUCUCAUUGAACAUCAGAGAAACCACACAGGAGAGAAACCCUAUGAAUGUAAAGAAUGUAAAAAAACUUUCUCUUGGAAGUCAGCUCUCUCUGACCACCAGAAAAUUCACACAGGGGAAAGACCCUACGAAUGUAAAGAGUGUACGAAAACUUUCAUCUGGAAGUCAAACCUUAUUGAACACCAAAGAAUUCACACACGAAAGAAAUCCUAUGAAUGUCAAAAAUGAAGGCCAAACUGAGGACAUAUCUCAUAGAACUCAUGGGAGAGAAACCUUAUGAAGGUAUAGAACAUAGGGAAUCUUUCUACACUAACCAUAGUAAAAUUGGGCCAGAGCAAUAGUACACAGGUAGGGUGCUUUCCUUGCACACAGCCAACCUGAGUUCAUUCCACGGCACCACAUAUGGUCCCCAACACCCACCAAGAGUGAUCCCUGAAUGUAGAGCCAGGAGUAAGCCCUGAGCACAGCCAGGUAUGACCCUUAAAAUUAAAAAAUUCUAUAAGAAGUUAUUUCUCUAAAUUUUAAUCACAUAAUUCACAAGAUAUAGAAACUACGGAUGGGGGUAAGGGGGAGUACUUGCUUCACUUUCUCCCAGAAAUCACAAUAGUACUCUGCCAGUAGUACACUGAUCAUAUAUACACCUCAGUCAGUAUUCACAUAGCAUAGGAGAGGAACCUUAUAUAUGUCAAUAUAUUAAUAUAGAGAAAUUUGUUAAGUUAGUGACACUCCUGGCACAAAUCUGGAAAGAAAGCUGCUGCAUGCACCCUCAUAUCACAACUAUUCUCAGCUUUUGAGAAGCUUAUCCUGACAUGGCACAAAUUCUUCAGUUGAAUGCCAUUGGUGAAUUACUGCAGUUUUUCUGCAAUGAACAACAGAUUACUAAGCAUUGUUGUUUGGGGCACUAUGCUCUGGUAUCUCUGCAAUAAAGAUGACUUUAUGAUACUGACAUGACUUGUAAACUUUUAUUUAUUCAUUCAUUAUCACAGUGUAUCUGUUGAUUUUCAUUUUUGUUUUGUUUGGGGGACACAUCAUUGGAUGCUCAGGGCUUACACCUGGCUCUGCUCUGAGGAAUCACGCUUGGAGGGCUUGGGGGACCACAUAUGAUACCUGGUGCAAACAUACCAGUUGCCUCUCCUAUCUGUCCAGCCCAAUUUUCAAAGUAUUCCUAAGUAACAGUGCUGAAGAGAUGGUUCAGUGGGCUAGAGUACAUACAUUGCAUGCAGGAAAUCCAGAUUCAGUCUCUAGCAUUGCCUAUGGUUUCCUAAGCACUGGCAGAAGCAACCUCAAAGCAGUAAGCCAGGAGUCUUUGAGUACCCCAGGAUAUGAGCAGAAAAUGAAAUAACCAAUUAUUUUGUUUUCUAGUAUAGUACUUUCAUUAUAUUGAAUAGUAUUUGACAAUUCCUGAAAUGAUUUAUACACUCAGUCCACAUGUAUAAUGUAAGUUAUAUAACUUCUAAUACUGAUUUUUAAGAUAUUUAGAAUAAUUUGAUGUUUUUGUAGUUUGUUAAAUAUUUUUACUGCUGGAGUUUUAGCGUUUUUUACAUAAAUUGCUGUCUAAUCUUAAAGACAUUUAUAAUUUGAACUGAUUAUUUGUUCUUAUUUUUAUUUUGAAUCAAUAUUACAAACUAUGAAACCAUUUUUGUUUUCUUAAGAUAUACAGGUACAAAGCUGUUGGUGAUUGGGUUUCAGUCAUACAGUUUUCCAACACCCUUUCCUUCACCAGUAUACAUCUCCCACCACUAAUGUCCCCAGUUUCCCUAUGGUCCCACUCCCAGCCUCUAUUGCAGCAUUCUCUCUCCCCCCUCUCUCCCCACCCCCCAUCCAUGAGAUGCAUGCGCUAUACUGAUAGGAUAUUACCAGUUCGUUGAUUAGACAGGUAUAAUUAUCCACAUCACCUGAGAAUUCAAGUACUGUGGUUUUUUAUCCAUUGGUUUUAGGUUUGGGCUACAUCCAGUGAUGCUCAGGGCUUACUCCUGCCUCUAUGCUCAGGGAUCACUCCUAGAGGCCUCAGGGAACCAUAUGGGAUGCUGGGGAUCAAACCUGGGUAGUCCAUCCAUGUGCAAGGUAAACACCCUCCCCGCUGUCCUAUUACUCUGCACUCAGGUGUUCUUAUGUUGUUUUCUUCCAGGGGAUCAGUGUUCUCUAGUAUGAGGUCCUACAUGGUCCUCUGCCUAACACAUCAUCAUUAAUUCUUUAAUGAGAAAGUAUUAAUUUUCCCCAAGUCCUUUUAUUUUUGCCCAGGCCACAGACUUUGACUCUUAUCUUGUGCUUAAUUUGGUUGGUAUAUAGGGGGGACUACUCAAAACCUUACUCAGGCUGAACCAGCAGUACAACGGUAGGGAACUUGGCCUUUCCUUUGUUUUGGGGGGCCAUAUCUGCUGAUUGUCAGGGGCUACUCCUGGCUGUUUGCUCAGUCAUCACUUCUGAGAGUGCCUUGGGGAUGAGGGGUAUAUGGGAUGCCAGGUGAUACCAGGUAUCAAACCCAUUGACUGUAUGCACUGCAAGUGCCCUACCCACUGUACUCUCUCUGGCCCCCAGCACUUGGCCUUUCACUCAGUUGACUCAGGUUUGAUCCCUGACACUGACACACACACACACACACACACACACACACACACACACACACACACACAGUUUGAGUACCUAACUCCCAGUAAAAGAAUUCGUAAGCCAGGAGGCUAGAGAGAUAGCACAGUGGACAAGACCUUGCCUUGCAUGUAUCUGAUCUGGGUUCAAUCACUGGUACCUGAUACAGUCCCUGAGCCCAGCUAGGUGUGCCAUUCCCAAACUAAAACAAAAAACAAAGACUUCACAAAGCAAAGCCAUUAAGAGAAAAAAUACAAAAGGACCAGUGUCUGUGAUAGAAUAAGAACCAAUAUACUUCGAAAGAAUCAUUGAUUAUCAAUAUAUUUAAGAGAUUUUGUAAAAUACUUUAGACAUAAUCAUAAAAAUAAAAACCAGCACCAGAGAUUGUAUGGGUGCCUGCCUUGCACAUGGCCAACUGGGUACCAAUCCCUAGCACCCUCUUAGGUCCACGAAGUCCCACCAGGAGAGAUCCCUGACUGCAGAGCCAGGCCUAAGCCCUGAGCACUGCUGGGUGUGGCCCAAAAAUGCAAAAACAUUGGCAGUCUGCAGUGGUAGCAAGCCAGUGGCAGCCUGCUGGUGGCAGCCCAGUCACCACCAGGCAGUUCGCAAAGUGGUGGUCGACCCGCGAGGCCAGUGCAAAGAGACAGACAUCCCUCACAAGUCUGCAGGUGCAACUUCCCACCAGCGGACCCUGAGGAGACGCCCCUUGACAGCGGGCCCAGUGUUAACUGAGUCACUGACCCGGAACACCACCAACACCACUAUGCCAGGAACUCCAGCAACAAGGAGCCAUACAGAAAUGGCAGCCUGGGGCCGAAGCGGCAAUCCAAUUGGGAUGGAGCUUGCCCUGCACACAGCUGACUGUUGUUUGAUCUCCAGCACUGUAAAGAAUGUGUGUUUGUGGGCUUUCUGGGUAGCUCUCCUACGGCUCACAUUCGGUGCUCUCAAGUCGCUGUGUAUGGACAGAAUCGCGAUGGCUAUAGGCGAUGGGCAGGCAAAGGAAGAACAAGGACCAGGCUGGUUGCUGAGUUUAUCUCUUUCUCAUCUCUCGCACUCUUCUUUCCUAGCUCUUCAUUCCUCCAUCCCCACUCUCCAGAUUCUGCCCUCUGGAUUCAGACUCUCACUACUUCUCUUGGAUUCUGACCUGACCCCCACUGCUUCUCUUGGAUUCUCAACCCCCUCAACUUCUCUCUCCACCCCUAUUUAUCUCUCCACCUUGCCCUCCGGGCCAAAGGUCCACCUGGUCUGGAAGCAAAACCAACAUAAGGAAGCCCUUCCUGACGGCCCAUGGGCAAAAUACCACUUAAGGUGUUUUUCUCCUUUAGUUUUUUUUGUAUGGACACAGUAAGAGAUAACAUUGAGGCUUAUAGGGUAGCUCUCCUGGGAACAUCUUGCCAAGACUCAGACUACAGAGCUCAGGCCAGAUUAAUCAUUCCUAACCCUAGCAGGGUCCAAAUCUAGUUAUUACUUUUUGGAUCAUGACAGCAUUUGUCCAUGACUAAGCUCUUAACUUAGAGUUAAGCAUUAGGCACUUUGGCCAGGCCCAUCUCGAUGCUAGGGUAGCACAUAACUCACCGCUUGCCCUGGGUCUAUCCAGUCCCUCAUCGGGAUCCUUCUUUUGGGGGUGCUAGGAAGUAAGGCAGCUGAGGCUUAGGUUGAGAGGACAGAUGCCCAGGAGGAAAGUAUCAUUUAGAGUCAAAUGACUCCCACAUAACAAAAGCAUAGCAUUUACUACUGUCUUCCUUUGCCCAUACAAAAAGGACAUUGCUCUGAAUAUACUAUACAAAGAACUUAGGGAGAAGAGAAAAAUAAUAUUUACAAGUCAACCGAGCACAAAAAAGAUAAGUUACAAAUAAACACAGAAAAAAAGGAGCACUGUGAUGGAACAACCCAAUAAACCUAAACUACCCAAGCCUAUGUUAUCCUGCACAGCACCUCCACAAAUGAUCCCUAAACAGAGCCAGGAGUAACCCCUGAGCACAGCCCUCAAAUAAAUUCCCAACAACAAAAGCAGCCUUCAGGUGGCGCCAUCAGUGGAAUCAUGUCCCCUUCAAGGGUGAUGGGGAAUAAUGCCUCACAUGGAGAAGCAGGGAGGGCGCUUACCUUGCAUGCAGCCCAUCCAGGUUAAAUUCCCAGCAUCCCAUAUGGUCCCCGAAACCUCCAGAAGUAAUUCCUGACUGCAGAGCCAGGAGUAAGCCCUGAACAUUGCCAGGUAUGGCUCCCAGACAAAAGCUGAGACAGGCACAGGAAGAUGUUGGGGAAAGGGGGUGUGACGGGACAGGAUGGGGAUCCUUCCACACCCAGAAACCACACCACCAACUCUCCCAGGACUUUCAGAGAUAGAAAUCUCUAUUUCUAUGGCUUCUUCUAAAAACAAGGCUUUUCUAUAAUCAUUUGAGAACAGAAUCAGAUUCUGUGUUAAGCUCUAAUAAUGAAAUGACAUUCCUUUUUUGUUUGUUUUUUUUUUUUGCGUUUUGGGUCAUACCCGGCGAUACACAGGGGUUACUCCUGGCUCAUGCACUCAGGAAUUACUCCUGGCGGUGCUUGGGGACCAUAUGGAAUGCUGGGAAUCAAACCCGGGUCAGCUGUGUGCAAGGCAAAUGCCUCACCCACUGUGCUAUCGCUCCAGCCCCUAAUAAUGAAAUGAAAUAGAAGGGCUCAGUUUUUUUUAAUCAUGCAAGAAAUUCGUAUUUAUUGGGUUUCUGGGAGGGUGAGGCGACAGACCCCAAGAGGUACCAGGGCAAUUCACCAAUUAACUUGGGAUGGUAUCAAUUCCUGACACAUCUCCCGGGUGUGUGUGUGGGGGGGAAGAGGGCGGGGGAGGGGUUUUGUCACUUUUCAGAGGAAUACUAAGAUGUAGUUAGGAGGAAAAGUGUUUCAAAGUAAAAUUAAAGUUACGAUGUCCAGGGCUGGAGCAAUAGUGCAGUGGGCAAGGCACUUUCCUUGCACAUGGCCAACCUGAGUUUGAUUGCCAACCCCACAUACAGUCCCCUGUGCUGUGCCAGGAGUGAUCUCUAAGCUCAGAAUCAGGAGUAAAUCCUGAGUAAAUUUCAGCCACUGGGCAUGGCUGAAAAACAAACAAAAAAUUAUGACUCCUUGGAAAUUGUGGCAAUGUUAUUGUUUUUAACAAGUAGUUAUUAAAUAUUUAAUAGUUAUAUGGUUAUUUAUUAGUUAUUAAAACUAAUCUCUUCUUAUUCUUAAUACUCCCCCCCUUUUUACUGAUUCACUGUGAAGUACAGUAACGAAAGCUAUCAUGUUUGAGCUUUGAUCAAACAAUCAUCACACAGGAUGGUGUUUACCCAUCCCUUCACUAGUGCACGUUUUCCACCACCAAAAUCUCCAGUACUUCCCCACCCACAUUCCACACCUUCCCCUGCCUAUGUGGCAAUUUGCACAAUACUCCCUACUUUGGUUACAUCUGUUAUUUUGACACCAGCCUCACCACCAAACCUGCUGAAAAGGCAAUGCUAGAUGUUUUGUAUUGCUUGAUAUGGAUAAAAUAUAAUGUUGCAUGGCCGGUCUUGCAGAAUUCCUGGAAGAAUUCUUCUAGGAAUUCUAAAAUUUUAAUAAUUAGGAUCUGGAGAGAUCUCUGCAGCCAAGCUGCUCAGUUCCAAGAUUCGUGUGUCUCUGGAUCAUGGAACUUAAGUUGACAGUGGCCGUAUGUGGGCGUCACCUCAGAGUCCCAAUGGGGUGGGGGGAAGGAGAAGGGCCAACUUGUCUUCUGUCCCGUGAGGCCUGUUGUUUGCCACCACCACCACCACCACAUACCUGGAGCUUUCGCUGAGUUCUAGAAGAUGGUGACUGCUGGGAUCCCUAGGGGGCAGGUGGAGGGACGGCACCUGUUCCCAUCUGGAGUGGCCUAUUGCAAAGUUCAGAGCCAUUUCUGUAGCAAGUUGCUUGAGUCCAAGAUUCGUGUGUCUUAAUACAUUUUUUAAAAACUACUCCUGCACUAAAUUCCAAAGCUCUGGUUUACAUUUCAACUUUAUUUAAAAUUAUAUGUAUUUCUUUGAUUCUAGUUUUUUUUUUUUUGGACCACACCCAGCAGUGCUUAGGGCUUACCUGGUGGUGAUUGGUGAACUAUAUGUGGUGCUAGGGAUUCAAACCAGGUAAAUCUGCAUGCAAGGCAAGCAUCUUACUCCUGCACCAUUUCUUUAAACCUUAUGCUCAUCUUUGGUAGAACAAUUUUGGAAAUAUUAUUAUUGAGAUAUUUUGAGCACAUCGAGUUUUGUUCAGUGACUUCAGUGUUGUGGCAUACUCAGAACCAGUGUAUGCUGGGGCAGAAUUCUAUGUGGUCACUUACUGGCCUCAGUGGCCUCAUUUGUCUACUUGGAACUUCUGCAUGUUAUUUACCCUAGGAACUGAUAAUAAAAUGUUUCCUUGGGAAAGAGGGAUGAUGCCAGGGAAAGUUUAAAAAUGCACCAAGGAAUAGAAAAACUCCACAGUAAAGCACUUCCCUAGGUUGAAUCAUUAACUCUUCAUGAUUCCUUGAAUACCAACCAGAGGGAGUAGUUUGUGAUUACCUAAGUUUUAAAGAUGUUCCUUACAGAGCAGCCAGAACCAUAGUACAAUAGUUUGAUGAAUGUUGAAAAAUUGGGUGUCUGAAACUCAACCUCAAGCUGUAAAUCACGGUGAAUUUUAAAAAAUUAAUUAAAAAUACAUUAUGGGACUGAAGUGACAGUAUAGUGAGGAGGGUGCUUGUCUUGCAUGCGGCUGACCCAGGUCUGAUCCAUGGCACCCCAUAUGGUUCCCAGAGACCUCCCAGAAUAACUCGGGUAUAGGUUAGGUACAGACUGAGCAUCACUCGGUAUGGCACAAAAACAAAGAAAACAGUCAUAUAAACUUUCAAUAUAAUCCUUCACAAUUACAAGAUGUUUAAUAUCUAAGCUCCCAUACAAAUCUAGUAAGUUAAAAGGACUUUUUCAUCUUGGGUCAAGUUAACGUUCUCAGGGGCUGCUACUGGCAGUGCUGGGGUCUAAACAGUGAUUCUAGUCUUCCACAAGAAGUAUGCACUCCAAAGUUAAAAUAAAAAAGAAGUAUGCACUCCAGCACUGUAUGCCAUUCCUCCAACCCCAAUGUUGUAAAUUUUGUUGGAAACUUUUAUAGACAAAGUAUAUUUGAACUGCACUUUAUUUUCAGUAUGUAUGUUAUCUCUGCCCAACAGUUAUUCUACAUGUAUUUAAAAUUUUUUUUUCUACAUGAAUUUUCUACGUAAAGACUGCACAGAAAAGCCUGUCCCAAACUUAAGAAAUGUUGUAAAAAAAAAAAAAUUGGGGGCUGGAGCGAUAGCACAGCAGGUAGGGCAUUUGCCUUGCACGCGGCCGACCUGGGUUCGAAUCCCAGCAUCCCGUAUGGUCCCCUGAGCACCGCCAGGAGUAAUUCCUGAGUGUAGAACCAGGAGUAACCCCUGUGCAUUGCCGGGUGUGACCC